UCGCCUAGCAAAGGAAGGCGUCGCCACUCGGAUUUGUACUUUCGAGAAGCUGACCGUGGAAUAUCAAAGCUGUUGCUGUUCGUGUUUUUCAGCGCAACGAAGGUGGCCUUCAGCACCUAGAUCAUCACAUCUCUGAAGAGGCGAGAAGACCAGAAACACAGUGUUAUAGAUACAGAGAGAAACAGUGAUUUAUUUAAAAAAAUUUGCUCUCGCCAAGAGCUGUUUUUCUCCCUCUCCCUCACAAUCGCUCAUCCCAUCUGUUGUAGCACUUGUGCCAAGGCGCUUACAUAAGCAGAAAUUCAUCUCGUCUGUGAGGCGCAUUUUUUUGCACUUGAAUUGCCGUCUCUUUCAAGAAAUCUGCACCUUUUUGAAAACUCUCGAAGAUCUUUUCGGUCUGACCGCUUGAGUCAAAUGACUUUCUCUCCUUAGUUUUUUUUAACUACCAGCCAAUAUGUGUCUACAUAGUAGUCCCACUUAAAUACAAGCUUUUCCUCCUCACACCUUAAUAAAGCGGUUCCAGCCUCAUCCGACUCCAGUAUGAGUUUUGAGGACUCUAAAUCAAUGCCCAGCACCAGCACUCGGGGGCGAGUGGCAAGGGCCGAUGAGAAGAAAUACAGUGACCAGGAAGCAGAGUCGGAAGAGUUAAACUCUCUGAAAACCAGCAGCGGUCCGCCCAGUGACAAUGUUACUCAGGAGCAGGAAAGUGGAAACGGAGGCAGCUCCAUCGGCGGCUCAUCUCCCAGCGUGAGGUCGGGGUCCGGAGGCCGACGCGGGCACAACUCUGACGAUAUGGACGGGCUCUCCAGCGGGAACGACUCUGGGGAGAGGGAAAGAGACAACCGGUCACAUGGGCGCCAGUCCAUCCGCAGCUCCCACAACUCGUCAAAUGGCAAGGACUCUGGCUUGAUGCUGGAAACUACAGAGAGCAACAAGAGCUCCAACUCCCAGAGUCUCUCGCCGCCCAGCAGCUCCCUGGCCUACAGCCUGCUGUCGACCAGAUCGGAGCGCGACCCCCCCUCCACCUCUGGCUGCAGCAGCAACCAGUCGGCAAGGGUCCAGACCCAGAAAGAUCUGAUGAAGGCCAUCAAAGAGCUGAAGCUCCGCCUACCGACGGAGCGCAAGGCCAAGGGCCACACCAGCACCUUGAACGCGCUCAAAUACGCACUGCAGUGCGUCAAACAAGUCCGAGCCAACAAGGAGUACUACCAUCAGUGGAGCGUGGAGGACUGUCAUGGCUGCAGCCUGGACUUGUCUGCCUUCACAAUUGAGGAGCUUGAUAACAUCACUUCAGAAUACACGCUCAAAAACACCGACACCUUCUCCAUGGGUGUGUCGUUCUUGUCAGGAAAGGUCGUGUACGUGUCGCCCCAAGGCUCGGCCCAGCUCCGCUGCAAGCCGGAGCGUCUCCAAGGGACCAUGUUCUCCGAGCUCCUGGCCCCGCAGGACGUCAGCACUUUCUACAGCGGCACGGCGCCCUGCCGCCUGCCAAACUGGGCCUCCUGCAUCGGGUCUGCUUCUCCUCCAGUCGACUUCACGCAGGAGAAAUCCAUGUUCUGUCGAAUCGGUGCCGACCAGGCGCACGGCGGCGAGACGCGCUACUCCCCCUUUCGCCUCACGCCCUACCAGCUCACCAUCCGAGACUCCGAUGACGCCGAGCCACAGCCCUGCUGCUUGCUCAUCGCAGAGAGGGUCCGCUCUGGAUACGAAGCUCCUCGUAUCCCUGCAGACAAGAGGAUCUUCACCACCAGUCACACCCCCAGCUGCCUCUUCCAGGAAGUUGACGAGAGGGCAGUGCCGUUGUUGGGCUACCUGCCUCAGGACUUGGUGGGAACGCCUACCCUCCUCUACAUCCACCCUGAAGACCGGCCCCUCAUGGUGGCUAUACAUGAGAAGAUCUUUCAGUCUGCUGGGCAGCCGUUGGAAUACACACCUUUGAGGAUGUGUGCCCGCAAUGGGGAAUAUCUGACCAUCGACACCAGCUGGUCUUCCUUCGUCAAUCCCUGGAGUCGGAAGGUGGCAUUCAUCGUCGGGCGCCACAAAGUCAGAACGAGCCCUCUAAAUGAAGACGUGUUCACGACGCCGCUGGGCUGCGAGACCCGGACCACCACGCCCGACGUCGUCCAGCUGAGCGAGAGGAUCCACCGGCUCCUGGUGCGGCCGGUGCACAGCGGCAGCUCUCAGGGCCGCAGCUCACUCGGGUCCAGGGGCUCGCGGGGCUCUCGCCGAUCGCACCGACAGCGCCUCGGUGCCUCGGGCGCCUCGUCCAGCGACAGCAACGGCCUCGCCGUGGACAAAGUGGCUGCCGCCGUCACGUUACACAAACCUAUGACCUUCCAGCAGAUCUGUAAAGAUGUCCACAUGGUCAAGACUAAUGGACAGCAGGUUUUCAUCGAGUCCCGUAACCGCCCUACACCCAGAAAAAUCACACGCACAGCCGCAACGAGCAUCAGAGCCAUCACCAGCGACCCAAUCAGAAGUCUAAUAGCCGUCAUUGCAAAACCACCCAAAGCUUUCGUCCCUGCCCCGCUCCUACCGAAGGAGCCCCCUACUGGCUACUCCUACCAGCAGAUCAACUGCCUGGACAGCAUCAUACGGUACUUGGACAGCUGUAACAUUCCUAACACUGUAAAAAGGAAGUGUGGCUCCUACAGUGCCUCCUCUACAUCUGAUGAGGACAAACAGCGAGAGGCCGGCAACCACACAGACAUUAUCAUGGAGGAGGCUCCUUCAACUUCAACUCCUGCGCCUCCUACAACGACACCAGCUCGUCCCGCCGCUUACCCAGCAAUCACCUUCCCCCCUCCUCAGGCCGCUCUACCAAUAAGGGACAGCCGGAGAAGGGGAAGUGUUGCAGGAGGAGGGGGCCGCAUGGGUCUCACAAAGGAGGUGCUCUCCACCCACACCCAUCAGGAGGAGCAGACAUUCCUGGACCGCUUCAAGGACCUCAGCAAGCUGCGUGUUUUUGAUCAGGCGGCACCUUCGACGCUGCACAGCCAGAACCCGGCUGCCAACCCCCUGUCACGAGGAGUGCGUUGUUCUCGGGAUUACCCCGCCGCAGGUAGCAGCACCGGUCACAGACGUGGCGGUAAGAGGCUCAAGCACCAGGAGUCAUCUGACCGGCACAGCUCUCUGGAGCUGAGCGGGAGUCCGCUUGACCGCAGGACCAGCAUAGCUCCCAUGCCCCUCAACAUCGCCAUCGGAGCCCCGACAAACUCGGCCUCGUGGCCGUCUGUCACCUCUCAGGCCAUCAUUCUCGCCCAACCCAUUGCCGUCCCAGAUCCAUCGCAUUUCCCCCCGACCCAGCUGGUACCUCCCAUGGUGGCCCUCGUUCUUCCCAACUACAUGUUCCCCCAGAUGGGUGCGCCGAUGGCUCAGCCAGGCCCCGCCCCCUUCUUCAAUCCUAACUUCACAUACCCCGUCGCCACCCAAGCAUCUCUCCCCGCUGUGGUUUCACGCCCCUUAUCGAUCCCGGCCUCCUGCUCCCCGUCUCGGAGCUGCACCCCACAGUCCUGCAGUCAGAGACACGCUGACCGCGAGGGCAAAGAGUCCCCCCUCUUCCAGUCCAGAUGCUCCUCGCCGCUCAACCUUUUGCAGCUGGAGGAAACGCCAAGCAACCGUCUCGAGGUCGCCACGGCCUUUGUGCCAACGCAGCAGGCCGGGCCUUCUGUGCAGGGCGGUGCAGCCUGGGGGCCGAACUCUGACGAUGCCUCCAAGGAGAACAAGAACGGUGAUGCUAAUGAGUCCAACAACGACGCCAUGUCCACUUCCAGCGACCUGCUCGAUGUAUUGCUUCAGGAAGACGCCCGCUCGGGCACCGGCUCAGCUGCCUCCGGUUCAGGGUCGUCAGGCACCAGGUCUUUUGGCUCAAAUGGCUGCAACUCCUCUGGCACCAGCGGCAUGAGCAGCCACACCAGCAAGUACUUCGGUAGCAUCGACUCAUCGGAGAACGACCACUCGCGCAAACAGGCAGCAGGGGUCAGCAGCAGUGCCGGAGGAGACGGUGGCGAGGAGCAGUUCAUCAAGUGUGUCCUGCAGGACCCCAUCUGGCUGCUGAUGGCCAACACCGACGACAAGGUCAUGAUGACCUAUCAGCUGCCCGUCAGAGACAUGGAGAGUGUUCUCCGAGCGGACCGCGAGGCCUUGAGGAGCAUGCAGAAACACCAGCCCCGCUUCACCGAGGACCAGAAGAGGGAGCUGAGCCAAGUGCACCCCUGGAUCCGCACAGGAUGCCUGCCCCGAGCCAUCAACAUCUCCGGCUGUACAGGCUGCAAGUCUCCGCCUCUUGCCGCUCCCGCAGCCGCGCUGUUAGAUGUGGAGAACAACGAGAUGGAGCAGUGCAGUGUGCAGAAAGCUCAGGAGGAGGGCGCCAGAGAGAGCAAGACAAAUCAGUCCGAGACAGCCAUAGAUGAAGCACAUGCAGAGGAUGAAGACGAAGAAGAGAAAGGAACAUAAGACGGCAACCAAGACGUGAAAGAAAACUCUGGCAUGACUCACUAAGUAGAUGGUCGAAGAUAAAGCACACUAUCAGGACGAUUCUACGCCGAUACGCAGGAAAUGUGCACGUUCCAGCACUUCCUGUCCCCAAAACAUUUUUACAUGAGGUGUAAAGUGGUCGAAACGGGACUCGCUGUGAGCAAACGAUGCAUAUCGGUCCAGACAACUUCACUUUGUUGUUUGACGGGUCAGGCCGGACACUUGGCCCGGUUCAUUCUCCAUGGAGUCUGACUUUGAUGACCGCACACCGGGCACGUUGUAUGACCGCAUAUUAAAUGCCUUCGAAGCUCUUCACUCUCCGUGUUCUUGCAGUUCUUGGCAUGUGUUGAAGUUGUACGAUAAUCUGCGAGGUCUAAAGGGAAUGUGGUGGAUAAAGGCGCAUUUACGAGAUGCUGCACCACAGCGCCGUCGUCUCGUUUGGCUCACGAGGGAAAGAAGAGAAGAGAGUUCAUCUGUGACUUCUCGUUGUUGAAUGUUUCCCAGGUCGUCUGCGAUCUUUCUCCCAGUUGCAUCCUGUUUCUAUCAAAGACGACCUUUCCCCCCUUCUUCUUUUAAUGGAGAAAUGUUUCCCUCGUUCUAGUGGAAACCAGGUUAUUUUGUAAACGAUGUGUAUAUUUUUCUACUUUCCUCCCCUUCAAAGAGAGAAAGGAGAUAUGCCUGAAAAAAGUGUCGACUGUAGAAAAUGUGAAAAUCCAGGAUCGAAAUCAUGUCUGCAAUGAAAGGACAAACGACAAGAAGCCUUUGAAGCGGACAUGUUGUUUCUCUCUCACACGUCACAGUGUUCCCCAAGCGGCCAGCACCCUAAGGAGCUCUUGUGUGGCCAGAAAGAGGAGGAAGUCUGGAGAGUGUUUGUUUACUGCUUUUCUUUCCCUCUGUCGCUCUCUCUUCCCCUCUGUGGCACUGUUCUGGUCAUGUGAUAUCCUCUGCUUUAUGGCGUCAGUGUUGUCUGCAACAAUUUCUAACUAUUUUUUGUGAAGUUCUUUGUCCAAUAAAAAUGAUAUGAAAAUAA